AUGUCAGCCUGUUCAGCUACGACGCGUGGGGACUUUGUGGUGCGACGAACACUGGACUGUGAUGGUUACAAUCCAUACAAGGAAGCAUCAACUUUAUUUCCCCGACAAGAGUUCUUUCCCGUCCUCCACCAAAUAAUUGGAAGGAAUCGAAGACUCCUCCGCCCAUCUGGUUUGAUUAAGCUGACUCGUCUGCCUUCUUCGAUAGUAGACGAGCUGAUGGCUGACCACGAGAUGAAGCUCGGAGAUGUUGCAGUGUUCUAG